AUGCUGCGUCCCAAGGCUCUGACCCAGGUGCUAAGCCAAGCCAACACUGGAGGUGUCCAGAGCACCUUGCUGCUGAAUAACGAGGGAUCUCUGCUGGCCUACUCUGGUUACGGGGACACUGACGCACGGGUCACCGCAGCCAUCGCCAGCAACAUCUGGGCCGCUUACGACCGCAACGGGAAUCAAGCAUUUAAUGAAGACAAUCUCAAAUUCAUCCUCAUGGACUGCAUGGAGGGCCGCGUCGCCAUCACCCGCGUGGCCAACCUUCUGCUGUGCAUGUACGCGAAGGAGACUGUUGGCUUCGGGAUGCUCAAGGCGAAGGCCCAGGCCUUGGUGCAGUACCUGGAGGAGCCCCUCACCCAAGUAGCAGCAUCGUAA